CAGCCCGCAGUACCAGGGUAGGAUAGCUGUUACUCCAGACGAAAGGCCCACAAAUAUCUCUGCGGGCUCGUCUGUCUGCAGUGCUUCCCACCGACGCGUCAACUGUGGGCACGAUUCAGACUCGGAUCCUCGUUUUAGAACACAUCAAGCAUCCAAUGGGACCCUUGUACAUGAUCGUCUGGUUCUUGUCACUGAGGUGACUUUUACGAGUAGGUGUGAUGAUCUGUUAGCAUGUCGUGACUUAUCUACUCGCUCUGCCCUGGUGGUGGUUGUAUCUUUCGCUCCUGCUCUGCUUUUGCGACCGCUGUUGACUUUCGUUCCUGGCCGCUUCGUCUUUGUGUCACCUUUCCUGACUUUCGUACCCAUCGCUCUUUCUAUACGAAACUCGCUCGUCCGACGUCUCGCAACGAUGCAAGAGAACAAAGCUUUCCUGCCAGACGGCACUUCACCAGAAACCGCUUAUCAAGGCGCACCAAUGGACAAUAUGGAUAUGUCGCCUACUACAUCAAAAUGGAACCCUAAGGGCUGGCAAAAGAAGUGGAAGAUUACUGCAGUCAUCGCCGCCGUCAUCCUCAUCAUUGUUAUCAUCGUUGCUGCAGUAGAGGGCAGCAAGAACAGCAAAUCCAAGCCUGACUACCCUGAUUACCAUGCUCUCAACUACACGCUCGAAGAUAGAUGGCAAGGAACAAACUUCUUCGACAACUUCGACUACCACUCCUCGCCAGACCCUGCCAACGGCUUUGUCAACUACGUGGACCAAGCCACUGCCAUAUCCACCAACCUGACCUAUGCUGGCGACUCGUCGGCAUUCCUCAGAGCAGAUUCCAAGGACACCGAUGCAAAGAACGGCCGCAACUCUGUGCGCAUCACCUCCAAGAAGCAAUUCCACUCUGGUCUCUUCGUCUUCGAUAUCAAGCACACCCCUUAUGGUUGCGGAACCUGGCCCGCUGUCUGGAUGGCCGAUCCUAGUGACUGGCCCGGCAACGGAGAGAUCGAUGUCGUUGAAACAGUCAACCAAGGAAACACCGGCAACCAAAUGGCUCUGCACACUUCGAAAAACUGCCAGAUGAAGAGCAGACGUGCCCAAACUGGCACCGUCCACGGCACCAACUGCUACAAUGGCACAAAUGACAAUGCUGGCUGUGCAGUCAUGGGAGCCUCUAGCUCAUAUGGCGCCGAAGCCAACGACGAUGGUGGUGCAGUCUAUGCAAUGGAGCUCCGUGAUGCAGGCAUUCGCAUGUGGAUCUUUAACCGCGAUUCUCCUCCUGGAGAUCUUAGAGCCAACAACGACACCACUCCCGACCCUUCAACUUGGGGUCUUCCUAUCGCCGACUUCCCUAGCACCGACUGCGACAUUGGCUCUCACUUCAAGAACCAGUCCAUCAUUGCGAACAUCGACUUCUGCGGCUCCUGGGCCAACAGUGUCUACACCUCGCAGUUUAAAUGUCCUGGAAAGUGCGAAGACUUUGUCGCAAAGAACGCAACGGCAUUCGAGAAGGCUUACUGGGAGUUUGCAAGCUUCAGGAUCUACUCGACGGACGAGUAGAGAUAACGAGAUCAUCGUCCAGCCCGCUGGAAUCGCUUUUGAUUGUUACGCUGAUAUGAUACCCUUUCCUUUUGAUGAUUAUUUGGCGUUGUAACGGGAAAUAGAUUAUACUGGCUGGAUUUCUCUGGAUCGAUGCAGAGACAUGUCCGGCAUAAUGACAUGGUUAGAUAGAAUAUGAAUAGAGUUGACG